UUCGACGGUUCGGCGGUAUCUAGUUAUACUGUAGCUUUUCCUGCAGAAUUGUGUCGCGAUGGCCCGUACAAAGCAGACUGCCCGUAAAUCCACUGGAGGUAAAGCUCCUAGGAAACAGCUCGCCACCAAGGCAGCUCGUAAGAGCGCCCCGGCUACUGGCGGCGUGAAAAAGCCUCACCGUUACAGGCCCGGGACUGUAGCUCUGCGUGAGAUCCGUCGCUACCAGAAAUCUACUGAGCUGCUGAUUCGCAAGCUGCCUUUCCAGCGCUUGGUGAGGGAGAUCGCUCAGGAUUUCAAGACCGAUCUGCGCUUCCAGAGUUCUGCCGUCAUGGCGUUGCAGGAAGCCAGUGAGGCUUACUUGGUUGGCCUGUUUGAGGACACCAACUUGUGCGCCAUCCACGCCAAGAGGGUGACCAUCAUGCCCAAGGAUAUUCAGCUGGCGCGCCGUAUCCGCGGUGAACGUGCUUAAGGUUUGGACGCCAGCGGUCCGCUUGGAAAAACCCAAAGGCUCUUUUCAGAGCCGCCUCCACAGUCUAAAAAGAGCGAAUCUAUUCACAGACGCUUUCGUACUAAGCAGUAAUUGGUAUACUUGUUUCUCAUCCGUU